AUGGACGUUAAUGGAAACGCAAGAUUGAAAUGUGCCCGCAGCUCCAGGCAGCGCUUUGUGUCGGGCCGGGACGGGGGAGAGGCGGUAACGAUCCAGCCCCGGGGAAGGCGAAGGAGGGAGAGCGUGAAGAGCAGCUCGGGCUCCGGGAGAAGGCGGGCAGAGACAGGAGGAAUGCAGAGAUGUGCAGGAAGAGAACGAGAAGGACCACGACAAGGGGGCCAACCCGAGCUGUUUGUCCCCUGGCGCAGCUCAGAGCAACCUCCGACACCGCCUCACAGAAGGCCGGUGCCGGCGGGCGGGCACCGCCGGGGACCAACCGGGCGCCUCCGGCGUCCCGCGGGCAGGGGACGGGGCAAAGGCGGCGCUCGCAGCGGCGCCGGGGGCCCGGCAGCACGGGGCGGGCUACGGGGAGCUCCACCCGAAGGCGACGUUCUCCGGUUUUCUGCUAAUGACGGGGGCAGUGAAACCCGAAGUCAGAGACACAGCGAGAGGCAUGCGUCCUCCAGCGGGAGUGAUGCUGCUGGUCUUUUCCCCCGGCUGCCGAGGGCGUCCCGCCGGUCACCUCCUCCUCCUCCGGGCAACUGCCCAGGAUUCACCCGUUUCACGGGGUAUUUUCAAAGCGCGGCCAAAGAAAGUCCUCCCUGGGUCGGUACCGGCUCAAAACCUCUUGUUUUCCACCUCUGUCAUCCGUUUUCUUCCUCGCCGCGGCUCCGGACCGCCCGGUCCCCUCGCCCCGGUGGCAGGGAGCUGUACUCCUGCAUUCAACACAUCACUUCUGGACUGUUCAUCUCUCACCACGCAGGAACUCCUGCAGUUCCGAUCUUUGCCACAAAACCGGCUCGCGAGGAUCAGUUUACUCGCCGUGCCCGGCUCCGGUUCCUAGCCCCGGUGCGGCGCGGGACGAGCAGGUACCGCCGGGGCAGGCGGGAGGCUGUGGCCCCGGGGAGCACCUUACGCCCUCCCGGUUUUAAGACGGAGGUUUUCCCGGCCGGGGGUGGGCAGGGAAACAGGACUUCCACUCCCGGGCUCUACGGCGGAGCCGCGGGCACUCCGGGCAGGACAGCAGCGGCAGCGGAGAGGCCGCGAGUGGCGGCGCCAGGGGCGGGCAGUGGCUCCGGGGUGCGAUGGGCCUCGCCGCCGGGACGUGGGGCACCCACCUCCCGCGGAAGGCCGGCGGGGUACGACCGCGCCUCGCUGCGCAGUGCCUACCAGCGGGGAGGAGGGAGGCGCGGAGCCGUGCCGCUCGGCCCAGCCGCAGCCACGGACCGGGCCUGCUCCCCGCCGGUGGUCCCCGCGGACCGCUCCGCUACAGACCCGGCUCCGCGCCCCCCGCCGCCGCCCGGGCAGAGGCCAUCUUGCGCCUGCGCAGCUCUCCCGCCUCGCGCCCGCGGAACUUCCCCGCGCACCCCGUUCGAAUCUGGCGGCGCGCAGGGACCCCUGGGCGCUCCGCACUGCACCGCGCAACGCCGCGCCCCGCGCGCAGCGCUGCCCCAGCGGCCUCCGGGAAACCGCGGCCGGGUGCUGCGCCCCUCUUCACCGCCGGGCCGGGCCGGGCCGGGCCGGGCCGGGCAGGGGGGAGGCGGGCACGCCCGGCUGGGUGCACGCCCGGCUGCCACCGCCCUCCGCAGAGGCGUAGCUGCCGCACCGCCCUGCUCUCCCAUCUGCUUUCCCUCCCCCAUCCUGCCCCUGGCGUGGGUGCUGAAGCGAGCCCGGAUAUUUGGGGAUAGGCCGGUUGAGGUCUCCCGGUGGCUGGGAGGCACUUUAACAGCAACGGAGGCGGCCCGCGCCUGUUCCCCAUCAGCGCCUGCAGCCGGGCUCCUGCCGCCGGUGUCUUUCGCACGCCGCAUCCCCGGCGGCAGAGGCCGAGGUCGGGAGGUGCCGCCCCUCAACCCGGGGCCUCCGCAGAGCGCGGAGCUCCUGGGCGGCCCUUGCUCACUCCUCCCUCGGCACGUGCUGGGGAUGCUCGAGAAGUGCCUCGUCGACGAGGCAUUCUCUGAUCACUCUCCCUGCGCGGGGUGCGGAGCUUGUGCGCACUCUCUGCGGGUUCCCGGAGCCAGUAGCCCUCGGGCAGUGCUGGGCUGCGCAGGGCACGGAGAUGCCGCCCGGCCGGCCACCGUGUGCUCUGGUGCCGCCGGCCGGGACGUGUCCCAUCUGGAGGGAUGGGGUUUGGUCUCUACGCUGGGUGGGCUGGUUACGGAGGGCGAAGGGCUGCGCCUGGAUCCUCGGGGAACAGAGGGCUGGGGCUCUGCUCCCGGGCGGGCGGGCAGGGAGAGCCCCGGGGCACGGCAGCAGCGGAGGCCGGCGGAGGCGAGGCAGGCGCUCGGCGCCGAGAGGGAUGCCUACAAGCCACGGGCUGCCAUUUUGUCUGUUUUACGUGGGCUGCCUUUCCCCUCUCCAGGAGCGCCGUGCGAGGCGGUGGCAGCAGCGCCCGCCCUUGCCCAGCCCUUGCCCGGCCGCCCCCCAGGAGGCAGCCCGGGAAUUCAGGAGGGGUACCCCCGGGAGAGCACCCUCCGGCCCCUGCCUCCCCGGUCCCGGCUCUUUCCCUGCCACCUCCGCCCUAGGUGCUCGGGGUUUGCAGGCUGUUCAGCUGAUUUGUUGCUAAUAGCAACCACACGACAGCGAUUUGCAGCCUUUUCUGCUGCCAGUGCCUCUCGUUACACCUUCUUCUGCAGAGCGGGGACCGUCCUCUGGCUGCGGCGUGUCCCCACCCCUCCAGCCGCCGCAGACCAGGGACAAUGA